AUCUGUCAUAACAACAUGCAGGCGUGACCUCUGACCUCUCCAAGGUUCCUCCCUGUCUAGUUAAAGUCAGGGUUCUUCGUCGCCGCCUCAUUCUCCUCUUCCUCGCUGCAGCCAUGUUGUCCGCUCUGCUGUCCUCCGCUCCCCCAGCUCUGCUCCUCUCCCUCCUCAUCAUCGUGGUUCUGCUGGUUCUGUUCUCCUGUCGGGUCGGUCAGGAAGCCAAACGUCAGAACUCAUCCGGCCCGGUUCGGGGGCCCGGCCCGGUUCGGGGGCCCGGCCCGGUUCCGGGUCCCGUCCCCUGCCUGCCUCGCCUCCCGGUCCUGGGCAGCCUCCCCUGGCUGGGCGGAGGCCUUCCUCCUCACCUGCUCUUCACCCAGCUGACCUACAGGUAUGGGCCUCUGUUUGCGCUCUACCUCGGCCCUCACUACACGCUGGUGGUGAACAGCCAUCAACACGCCAGAGAGCUGCUGCAGAGGGGCAAGGACUUCGCUGGACGUCCUGACAUGGUCACCACCAACCUGCUGACCCGCGGAGGAAAAGACAUCGCCUUCUCAGACUACUCUCCUCUGUGGAGGUUUCACCGCCGCCUCGUCCACAACUCCUUCACCCUGUUUGAGGGAACCAGCCGGCUGCAGGACAUCGUUCUGUCUGCGGUGGAUGACCUCUGCGUGGAGCUGCUGUCCCAGGGGCCGCGGGGCUUCGACCCGUCUGCCGCCAUCACCAGGGCCGUCACCAACGUGGUCUGCACCCUGGUGUUCAGCAGCUCCUACGGCCCCGGAGACCGCGAGCUGCACGAGGUGAUCGGCUACAACAACGGCAUCGUGGAGACGAUCGCCAGCGGCGGGCUGGUGGACAUCUACCCCUGGAUGAAGGUGUUUCCUAACAGAUCUCUCAGUAAACUGAAGGAGUGCAUCACCGUCAGGGAUCGACUGCUGACCCGGAAACUGGAGGAGCACAAGGCGGCGCUGGGUGACGGUGACCCCCGUGACCUCCUGGAGGCCUUGCUGAAGGGUCAGACGGGCAGUGGGCGGGGUCAGAGGUCACAUGGGUCAGCAGAAGAGGGAAUAACAGACGACCACGUCCUGAUGACGGCAGCGGAGGCGUUUGGAGCCGGAGUGGAGACGACGUCCACGACUCUGCUGUGGAUCCUGGCCUACCUGCUGCACCACCCAGAGGUCCAGGAGCGCGUGCAGAGGGAGCUGGAUGAGAACGUGGGCGGUGAUCGCGCGGUGACCGUGUCGGACCGCGGCCUGCUGCCCUACCUGGACUGCGUCAUCAACGAGGGCAUGAGGAUCCGACCGGUCAGCCCGGUUCUGAUCCCACACACCGCCAUGACAGACAGCAGCAUUGGCGGUCACGCCGUGCGCCGCGGGACUCGGGUUUUGGUCAACAUGUGGUCGAUUCACCACGACCCCCGGUUCUGGGACAAACCGGACCUGUUCAACCCAGGUCGUUUCCUUGACGACAAAGGUCAGCGCACCACACCCACCUGCUUCCUGCCGUUUGGGGCGGGACCUCGGGUCUGCGUCGGCGAAUCGCUGGCCAGGCUGGAGCUUUUCCUCUUCCUGUCCUCUCUGCUCCAGCGAAUGAGCUUCAGGCUGCCAGACGGGGUUUCCCCGCCCAACUUGCAGGGGCGUCUGGGUGUGGUCUUACAGCCGCUGCCUUAUAAGGUGGCAGUCAGUCCACGCCCAGGCUGGGAGGGCGGGGCUAAAUGACAAGGGGGAGCCUACAGCCACAACAAUAAAACUACUUCCUAUUUACCCUUUACUGAAUAUAUGAAAAAUAAAUAUAUCUCUUUGAUAUAUAUAUUGAUGAUCUAAAAUGUCAUGUUUUAUUUGCUAUAUUACAACAG